AUGUUCGAGUCUCCGAUUGUUGUCACAAUGAAGCCCAGGCCUAGAACACCCACCUACAUGAACUUCAGCUGGCUGCAGAGUUUUGCUGAAAAGCUCUCCGUGAAACAUGACCUGUCUUUUCCUGAUCAAAGGUCCGACAAGUUCAGCUCACCCGUGAAUAGUAGCAUGGUCGAUCAACAGCUAGAUUGUAUGACCAGCAUCAUCAGAAAGAAAAACUCCACAAACUUCCAAAACAUCAGCAAUCAGUAUCUGUUUAACAGAAGUCAGCGAAAUCGCGGUUCAAGGUCUCCUUACCUUUGCUAUAAAAAACAAUUGAUUUGUCCCGGUGGAUCGAUAAUCUACACCCCAAUUCCAAGAUGGAAUGUGCCCACGAAAUCAAUUACGCUCAAAGAACUCGACAAGCUAUAUGAAGGAAAGGACCCGGUCCUGGCCCGUGCGGCAGACUACCAGUACUGCAUGAUCCUCGGUCAGUUGAAAGCCGUGCUGGGAGCAUCAAUGGAUGCAAGCAAGCUGGUCGAGGAAUUGGUCGAGAAAAAAGGCGCGAAAAGACUCGUCGUAAGCAGCAAAAACCUUCCCGAAAUCUUUGCGGGUUGGGUUAGUACUAUCACGGGUCUCCAGAAGCCGGAGCGUGAUAUACGACUCACGACUGCUGCUGGUAUUGCACGCCACACGAGGACGUUCCUCAAGAGAUACCUUGUGAACAGUGACACGAACGUAUUUAUACACCCCGACUCCAAGCCCGGGGAGUUCGAGGGUAUCAUCGCUGUCAUUGCAAUGAUAGUAGAGAGCAUUGAAAUCAUGCAGAGUCAAUAUAGAACGGGGAAACUAGCCACGGGUGUGAAGCCUUUCAAGUCACGAUUUGUACUCGAAACCUGUACAACCUACAAAAAGGAGAUGAUUGCAAAAGGGUGGUGCCCUUUUGUACUUCGCAAGCUUGAAAGUAUGACUGCGGUAGUAUACGCCAUGAACCACAAACCGGUACCUUCACUCAAUGGUCAUCAAAAUUGCACUGAACUUCGUUGCGAGGGUAACGUAGUCAUAGGGGACACUUCUGCUGAGCAUUACCCCCGGGACUGUUGUUGUGGGAAUAUAAAACCUCCAUUUAAGGAGGUACUUCAAUCUCUUGAUUUGAAGACAGAGAGUAUUCCUGUCUUGAAACUCUAUCCAGCGGCCAACGGGAACGAAGACCGCUUGAAAGUUGAGAAGGUCACGAAAGAUUCGGAAGAAAUUUACGUUGCGGUUUCUCAUGUAUGGUCAGAUGGGCUUCGAGGUAGCACGAAAGACGGAUUGCCGACAUGUCAGCUCGAAAGGAUUGACAGGCUGGUUCGUAAGAUCGCACCUGAAGGGAAUGGUGCGUUCUGGGUGGAUGCAAUUUGUAUCCCCGAUGAUAAGAGAGACGAGGGAAUCCGAUUGAUGGGGAAAACAUAUAAAGGGGCAGCAAAGGUUUUGGUAAUCGACGCCGGAAUACGUGGAUUAUCCACGAAGGCACCACACGAAAAAAAGCUGCUACGGAUUUUGACGUCAGUUUGGAUGCAGAGACUUUGGACUUUACAGGAAGCAAUCUAUGCUAAAGAAAUGGUUUUUGAAUUUCGGGACGGACUCGUACCAGCCUCUGAAAUAUUGCCUGAAAAAAUGACUUGUCUCCAGGGUCACCUAGCUAUCGACUUCUAUCAACUCACAAUGCAUAUGCCGGGUUCCAACCCUUACAGCAAUAUUUGGGAUAUUUCUCGAGCGCUUGCCACAAGAGCUGCUGGUAGAGUAGAUGAUGAGACUCUUGCUGUUAUCGACUUGAUCCAUGAUGGCGAAAUCAGUUCCUACGAAUUGGCAAAUACCAAUUACUCCGAUGAAAAUAUACUUGCUGGAACACCCAAAAGACAGGCCCAAACGAUAAAGUCUGCCUGGGCAGCCAAGGAGAGGAUGAAAACUUUUUUGACCAAUAUUCCCAAACUUCCCAGGAAUACACCUUUCUUGAUAGGCCCAAAACUCCAGGACCCUGGUUUCCGCUGGGCGCCAGAGUCAUUCAUGACAACACAGGGAGUAAUGGAGGAUAUAACUCCGACGAAAGAACAUGUUACAGCUACAAAAGAUGGACUCGAUUGUAAUCUCAUGUGCUUCGAAUUUGAGAAAACUACUAUAAAAACCUCAGAGCCGAGGGGCGAUGAGAAGAAGAAACGGUGGUUAUUCCAAGCCAAGGAUGUCAAUGAAAAAGAUGUCUUCUAUGAGAUGCUGAUUAAGACAUCGGAUGCUCCAUUCUCCUGCAAUACUUUCAUAAUACCUUAUACACUUAACCCUGGGGAUAAGGCCUACUGUAUUGUUGGGAUGUUGGAGAAGGGUACUGGGAAGGAGAACGCCUGUGAAGACGGCUCAACGAGAUGGACUCAUCAAAGCGACCAGCGCCAAGCUCAACUUACGUCUGACGUGAGAGUCUUUAACGGCCAGGAAAAGCAUGUAGCUUGGGAGUAUGGGGCUAAAAUCUACACAUCAGAUCUUGGGCUGUAUUUUUGUUUGAUAUCAUUUAUGACCUUUAACGUUGUUCUGUUUUUCAAUUUGUAUUGUCUGAUUUGA